AUGCAAAUCAAAUAUGUUUGGAUGAGUGCUGCCUCAGUGAUUGGUAUCCUUUGUUUGGUGAUGAUUACCUCUCUGAAAAUAACAAUACGAAGAAAAUCCUCUCCAAUUGCAACACUUCAAAGAGAAGCACACAUCAUGCACCCAAUCAAUUGCAGUGAUUUGAAAAAAACUAAAAAAUUACAUGAGGUUCCGAGCGCAAAGGGGAUACCCAAAAUAAUUUUUCAGUCGUACAUUCCCUCGUCAGAAGAUGAAUUAUCGGACUCUAUGAAAAAAGCGAUGAAUUCAUUCAAAAUACUCAAUCCAAAUUAUACUCACAAAUAUUUUGGAGAUGAUGCUGCAUUGAACAUUUUAAUUGAACAUUUUGGAAAUGAUUCAGAUGAAGUGUUUGCAUUUCGAAAUUUAAUUCCAGGUGCUUUCAAAAUUGAUUUUUGGAGAUAUGCCAUGUUGUGGUUGUUUGGUGGAUUUUAUGCAGAUGCAGACAUGUUGUUGAUGGAACCUUUUGAGAAAUGGAUUUCUCCAAAUGCAAGUUUUGUGAUUCCUUUGGAAAAGAUUGGAUUUGGUUUUCACAAUGGAUUCAUUGGAAGUGUUCCACAACACCCUAUUAUGAGAAUUGCCAUGGACAUGGUCAUAUAUAAUGUAAGAUCAAAAUUUUACCCUGGCGUUCCGAACCGGAUUGUUCCAAAGGUGCAUGCUGACCUCGCUGUCAGCGGACCUGUGCUGCUUGGAAAAGCAAUCAACAGAUAUCUCAAUGAGCCGGAUGAAGUACAGCAUAAUCUUUCCAAAAUUCGUUCCAAGAACAUUCAAAUCCUUGGAUUUUGCGCAAAUGAAAACAAGGAUGAAGACACCUAUUAUACACAAUCACUCUCAAGGAACUGUGUUGGGACCAAGUUAGCCAAGGUGAAAUUUGAGCAGUUUCAAAAAGAACAUGAAGCCAAAUCAAGCACCUACACCAAACUAUUUCAAGAAAGGAAGGUGUUCUUGUAG